AUGCAUGAAGGACAAAGCCCUGCAAAGCAAGUCAAAGUCAAACAUUAUCUCUACGUCAGCAACGACAAAUCACAGUCAGUGGAAGCAACUGAGCCGAUGCCGGAAGGUGGCACAGAACAGGAGGAAGAUGAUCUAGCACUUUCAGAAGAAUCAGACUUUGAAGGCGUUACUGGACUACUUGCUGCAACUUUUAUACGACAAACACAGUUUUGUCCUACUCUUUCUCCACCAACUCCAUUCCCGCCUCAACCAUUUCCUAACACGGCAUGCUCGUUUGAAACCAAUCUCUGUGUGUGGUCUAAUGAUGUCUCUAACGACGUUGAUUGGGUUAUGCGGCAAGGAAGGACUCCUUCAUAUCAAACUGGACCUACUGAUGAUCACACAUACCAAAAUGGCAGUGGUAAGUACAUCUACUUUGAAGUCACAGCUGCAGGCUAUUUUAGUCAUGCCGCUCUUGUCAGUCCCGAGUAUCACAAGAGUGGCAGUGCAUGUCGCAUGCAGUUUGCAUAUCAUUUCUAUGGCAGCAGCAUUGGAGACAUGGACGUCUACUUUGUGACUAAUGGAGAUGGAAAAAUUCAUAAUUUGUGGUCUACAACGGGAAAUCAAGGAAACGUUUGGCAUAUGCGUUCUGUGUUUAUUGGACCACAGACGGACUUCACCAUCUAUUUUAAUGGCACUCAUUAUAGUGGUUUCCAGGGUGAUAUGGCACUGGACGAUAUCUCAUUUCUUGACUGUGAUCCAAGUAAGUCUGUUUAUUACUAUUAAUGAGCUGUGGGUUGAGUUGAUACUCUGACAUGCAAUGUGCAGAGUACGGGAACAGAUGGGCAGAUGGUGUAGUAAGUGGGUGGGUGGGUAGGUGAGUUGGUGGGGCAGAUGGAUACGAUGCACAUAGAGACAGAUGGCAAAUA